UCCGUUUUACUCGGAAGUUGUGAAUGUGUUUCCCUGCUCUGUAAAAUGUAUGCUGAAGGGGUAUUUUGUUCAUUGUUUAGACGUUUUUAAACCAAGGAAUGGCGUGGAGAAGCAAAGGCCCCCCUCUUCCCCCGGCCUCCUUACAUCUCCUCGUCCCUCCAGUGAGACUUAUGUCUGCUUUCAUAUGGCAAGUAGUACAGCAGCACAGUGUGAUGCAGUAUGACAAACUGGUGGACUUCAUCAGUUUGGCGACAGAGAUCGUCCCAGAGCUCCUGAGUCCCAAUCAGAGAGCUCAGCUCAUCCUGGGCCUGAGAGCGAGGCUGGUUCUGGAGCUGUGUCGUGGUGAUGGCGUCGCCAACCUGCAGACCAUCCAGAGCCACCUGGAUAAAAUCCACGCCUGCAGUGCUGAACUGAGCACCACUGACCAAAUGGCCAGUGUUGAUAUACUGAAGACCUCUUACACCAACUUUGCCAGCCUGGUUCAGAAUCUUUUGAAUGUUCCUUUUGAAAAGGAGAUCUUCUUCCAAGAGGUUUUUCCUGCAAACUACGGCUCUAACUAUGACCAAAGACUGCAGCAGCUGGUGUCUGAGUUCCUGUCCAGGCUGGAGCAGCUGCUGCCCAUACCAGAUCUGCAACAGACAGCAGCAUGGCUCACUGAAACAACAUCGGUGUCAGAAGAAUUUGGACAGCAUCAGUCUGAACCCUUUGCUCUUAAGACUCUGCUGCUUCAUCACAAACAGUUGGGGACUCUCAGCUCUGCUCAUUCCAGCAGGGAGGAAGAUAUCCUUUUGUCCACCCUGGCCCUCCCUGUCCAAACAGUUGAGAGGUUCACUGAGGCUUACAGUGAGGAAGAUGAUUAUGACAAUGAGGAAGAGACCCUUUCAUUGGAAGAUUUAGAAGAAGAUUCAAGUCAAAGCUCAGACAUCGCUGCAAAGGAGUGGUUGCCAAAAAGGGAAUCAGGUCGUCUGUCUCGUUUAUUCAUCUGUCCCCAGUGUUCAUUCGCUCACCGCAUAAAGAGGAAGGUCCAAGAGCACAUCCAGAGUGAGCACGUAACAGCUCCCAUUCAGAAAAAACUAGCUGUGAAAAAGGCCAGCCAACAGAAGACUAAAGACUUGAACGCCAAAAAGAAGAAAGUAGGAGGCAACUCGGAGAAAAAGAGGACACGCAAACAAAAAGACGGUGUUGAAAAAAAGCAAGAACUUAAGCAGAAGGACAAUUUGGAAAACAAGGAACGACGUACACGCAAAGAGCCUACGGGGGAAGACAAAAGGUUUCUGAGCACACGAGUUGUGGACAAAAACUUCACGGAAGAAGAAACCAAAUGUCCUAAGUGUGAAAAGGUUUUUGAACAUCCAAAUCAACUGAAGACUCACAUUAAGCUCCACGGCUAUGCGUACCACUGCAGCCAAUGUGAAAAGGGAUUCACCAGCUCGUCAGGUUAUUACCAGCACCAGAGACUCCACAAGAGAGGACGGAUCUUCAUCUGCAGCCAGUGCAACAAGGGAUUCCUGUGCAACUAUUCGCUCAAGCAGCAUGAACGCCUGCAUGAAGGCCCCACCAACCUGUGCAUGAUAUGCGGGAAAGGCUUCAGCAAAGCAGGCAUCGCAAGGCACAUGCAGAUGCACAGAGGGGAGAAGAAUUACUUGUGCACCAUGUGUGGAAAGUCAUUUUUGUCCUCCGGGGAGCUGCUGCUGCACACUCGUUCUCACACGGGCGAGAUGCCGUACACCUGCACCCACUGCGGGAAGGGCUUCUCCAGCAAGAGUCACCUAAACGUGCACACGCGCUCGCACACAGGGGAGCGACCGUACCUGUGCUCAGAGUGCCCGAAGCGUUUCCUCACACUGAACUGUCUGAAGAGACACAUGCUCAGCCACAAUGGAGUGAAACCGUUUAAGUGUCCAAACUGUGACAGAGAGUUCUCCCAGCAGGGGAAUCUGAAAAGACACUUGGCAACUCACAAACCUGACACGUAAUGUGGCGCUUUCAGUGCUGUUGUUUCACCUUGUCUUUUUAAAACCUGUCUAAAACCAAAAUUAACUUUAUUUGUACCAAGGCAAAUUAAAAGUCAUUACUCUUGA